UGAUGGCAUCUGCCCACCCAUUGCCUCCGCCACUCUUUCACACCCUUCAAACAGCCUUUUCCCCAAAUUCAGCAACAAAGGCGUGAAUAUCUUACACUUAAAUGACUCCCCAUCUCCUAGCGUCCUCAACCACGCCUUUAUCCUACUCCCUCCCAUCUUUUCCCUCACAACGCACGCACUACAUUCCCUCUCAUGUAUACAAACACCCCACUGCAAUCCUUCUCGAGCUCUGCACUUCCAUGAAAGAGCUCCAACAAUUCCUCCCACUGAUCAUAAAAAACGGCCUCUACAAGGAGCAUCUUUUCCAGACUAAGCUCAUUAGUUUGUUCUGUAAAUUCGGUAGCCUAACCGAUGCUGUGAACGUGUUUGAACUGGUAGAAGAUAAAGUUGAUCCUAUGUAUCAUACCAUGCUCAAAGGGCAUGUUCAUCAUUCGUCCUUGGCUUCGGCUUUGUGGUUUUAUAGUGGGAUGAUAAGUGAUGGGGUUUUGCCGGUUGUUUAUAAUUUUAGUUACUUGCUUAAGUCUUGUGCUGAUAAUUUUAAUGUUAAGGCGGGGAAAAUGAUUCACGGGCAGCUGAUUGUUAAUGGGUUUUCGAGAAAUGUGUUUGCGAUGACGAGUGUUGUUAAUAUGUAUGCGAAAUGUGGGGUCAUUGAAGAUGCUUAUAAGAUGUUUGACAGAAUGCCUGAAAGGGAUUUGGUUUGCUGGAACACUGUUAUGGCUGGGUAUGCGCAGAAUGGGAUGUUGAAGAGGGCUAUGGAAUUAUUUUUGCAGAUGCAAGAGGUGGAGGGACAUAGGCCUGAUGAGGUUACUGUUGUCUCUAUCCUGCCUGCUUGUGCUAAUUUUGGGUCUUUGAAGAUGGGGAUGUCGAUUCAUGGGUAUGUGACAAAGAGUGGACUUGAGUCGUUUGUGAAUGUUGAGACUGCUUUGGUUGAUAUGUAUGCAAAAUGUGGCCAAGUAGGGACUGCACGUUUGGUUUUUGAUAGGAUGACUUACAAGACUGUUGUCUCGUGGAACACUAUGAUCGAUGGAUAUGCGCAGAGUGGAAACUCUGAAGAGGCCUUGAAACUUUUUGAUGGAAUGUUGGAUGAAAAGUUGAGACCGAGUAAUGUUACUGUUAUGGCUGCUUUAACUGCAUGUGCUGAUUUGGGUGACCUUCAUCGUGGACAGGAAAUUCAUGCGUUGAUUAACCAAUUGGAACUUGGUUCUGCUGUUUCAGUAAUUAACUCUUUGAUUUCCAUGUACUGCAAAUGCAAACGAAUUGAUAUUGCUACUGAAUUAUUUGAAAAGUUACAAGGAAAAACUAUUGUUUCAUGGAAUGCUAUUAUUUUAGGUUACGCACAAAAUGGGCAUGUGAUCAAAGCUUUGAGUCUCUUCUCUGACAUGCAAAUGCAGAAUGUAAAAGCUGAUUCAUUUACAAUGGUGAGUGUAAUUACUGCUCUUGCUGAGCUAUCAGUAUUACGCCAAGCAAAGUGGAUUCAUGGACUUGCUAUAAGAAACUAUUCAGACAGGAACAUUUUUGUUAUGACUGCUCUUGUGGACAUGUAUGCAAAAUGUGGAGCUGUUCACACAGCAAGGAAGCUAUUUGAUAUGACGGAUGAUAAGCAUGUAACUACAUGGAAUGCUAUGAUAGAUGGGUAUGGGACCCAUGGGUUUGGAAAGGAAGCUGUAGAAUUGUUUGAUGAAAUGCAAAAAGGACAUACAAAACCAAACCAGGUGACAUUUUUAUCUAUUAUAUCAGCUUGCAGCCACUCAGGCUUUAUAGAGAAGGGGCGGCAAUAUUUUACCAUCAUGACGGAAGAAUAUGGCUUAGAGCCCUCCAUGGAUCAUUAUGGAGCCAUGGUUGACCUGCUUGGUCGAGCUGGGAUGCUUGAUGAGGCUUGGGGCUUCAUUCAAUGCAUGCCAGUUAAGCCAGAAAUCAAUGUCUAUGGAGCCAUGUUGGGGGCUUGCAAGAUUCAUAGAAAUGUAGAUUUCGGUGAGAUGGCAGCAGAGAAACUCUUUGAGUUAGGCCCGGAUGAUGGAGGAUACCAUGUAUUACUGGCUAAUGUAUAUGCUACAGCUUCAAUGUGGGACAAAGUGGCCAAGGUGAGAAGUUUGAUGGAGAAGACGGGGAUUCAGAAAACCCCCGGGUGCACUUUGGUGGAUCUGAAGAAUGAGGUUCAUAGUUUCUACUCUGGGAGCAUUAAUCAUCCACAAUCCAAAAGAAUCUACUCUUACCUUGAAAAAUUGAUGGAUAAGAUUAAAGCAGCUGGCUAUGUUCCUGAUACUAAUUCUAUUCAUGAUGUGGAGGAUGACGUCCAGGAGCAGUUGCUCAAUAGCCACAGUGAGAAGCUUGCUAUUGCUUUUGCACUCCUAAAUACAAGUCCUGGUACACCAAUCCAUAUCAGAAAGAAUCUUCGAGUAUGUGGUGACUGUCACAGUGCAACGAAAUACAUCUCUCUUGUAACCAAAAGGGCAAUUAUUGUACGUGAUAUGCGUAGGUUCCACCAUUUCAAGGAUGGAACCUGUUCUUGUGGGGAUUAUUGGUGAUCUGCCCUAACAGUUAGAGCUCAAAUCCUGUUAAUAUGGGGACCUUCAUGGUCAAGACGAGAGAUUUAUGACGAAACAUUUUUACCAUUUUUACAAGGAGACCCAUAAAGGUGAGGACUGGGCCCCUCAACUGCUGGAAGUACAUAGUGUGAACAACUUUUACGUUCAAAGGCUGCCCUCUAAUUCCAUGACAAUUAAUAUCGUACAGGUUGCUGAGAUUAUUUCUUCUCCUUACUCGUAUACUUGUCAGGUAGCAUUCUUGAUCUACUCGUGUAAUCAAAAACAAAGAAAAAAUUCUUGCAUCAUGGCAUCAGCAUAUUGGAAGAUUGAGUUGGGGUGAGGCAGAAUUCUGCAUCAACAGUCCUACUAGCUAGAAAGCUAGCUAACCUUUCUGAACAUGUUCAGUUAUGGUUGUUGUAGUUAGUUCAUUGUAUAUGUCUAUAUAAUUUGAACUGCUAAAGCAAAGCCCUAGGUUAAGAUGUACUUAUAUCUGAUCUACGUUGAAACAGUUUCUUGUGAAGAAUAUCACACAUAAUAUGCAAUUGUGUGAGCCAUACUUGGGCCUGUUCACUGUUGCUUAUUGGUACUAGGAUCUAGGUCUGGUGUUACAUUACUCAACUGACCCAAGCUAGGAGUUUCUGUGUACAGCACCAAACUUACUGAGAAAUAGACAUUGCUUGACCCUGUCUUUGCGAUGCU